AUGACUGCAAUAACUGUGGGCGUUAUCGGCGCAACCGGCAACACAGGCCAGACCGUGGUGAAUGGUCUACUAUCUUCACCAGUGGCUUUCACCGUCACAUCUUUCACCCGAGAGUCCUCUGUCAAUAGCCAGGCAAACCAAAGGCUCAAAACAAAGGGUGUUUGUAUUGUCGGCUACGAUCUAAGCGGUCCCUGCCAAAAGCUUGUUGAGCAGUUAAAGAAUAUCGAUGUUCUUAUCUCUUGUAUCACCUGGGAACACCUCGACUUGCAGCUUCCUUGGAUCGAAGCAGCAAAGGAGGCAGGGGUGAAACGGUUUGUUCCUUCGGAAUGGGUAGGACCAUGCCCUAGGGGCGUCCACUGGAUCAAAGAUCAUAAACUUGAAAUCCUCGGCGCAAUCCAACGGGCUCGCCUACCCUAUACUAUUAUCGAUGUCGGCUGCUGGUAUUCCGUUUUUGUUCCUAAGGUCCCGUCCGGCAGGUCAGAUAAGGCCCACAUGCGCUAUAUUGAUCAUCGGAUUGUGGAGGAUGGAAAUCAGAAAUUUGCCAUGACUGAUAUAGCGGAUAUUGGCAAGUACGUUGCGCAGAUUGUGGCGGAUCCUAGGACUAUCAACAAGCACGUGUUUGCAUACACCGAGGUGCUUAGUAUGAAUGGAAUCUGGGAUACUAUGGCCAGAGUCACGGGCGAAGAACCGGAGAAGAACUACGUGUCUGUGGCGGAAAUAUACGAGAUCAUCAAAGCUUGCCGAAAGAGACUGGAGGAAAGUCCUCAUAAAAUGAUGCAUCCAGAUAAUAUUAUGGAUUGUGCCAAUUAUAACAUGGGGGAGUAUCGCAUCUCUUGGUGUGUACGAGGAGAUAACACACCCGAGUAUGCAGAAUACCUCGGGUAUCUGGAUUUCUGGAAGCUAUUUCCAAAUUUUCAGAAGGGCACCAGUCUCGAGUCGUUCUUUCAGAGUGUUGUCAGUAGGGAGACCGGCUCAACCAUAUACGACCCCAACCAGUAA